AUGAUCGAAAUUGGUUCAAAGACACAUCAAAAUUAUGGGAAAUCGCCAACUUUUCUCAAUAUGCCUCUAGAUGUCGCUCAACUUGUUUUGGAAAAGUUGGAGCUCGAGGAUCUUAGAGUGUGUCGCAGUUUGAGAACUGCCGUUGAUACAUUUGCAACGAUUCGUAUUAACGAUGUAGACUUCCAGCUGGAUGACCAUGAUAUCAAUAUGUAUUUGGACAGAAUUAGAAUCAACUAUACUGAUUCAGCAAAUGGUCAUUCAAAUGUCAAUUACAAUGAACAGAAAAAGGAAACUGAUGAAGAAAACUUUAUGGACAGUGCGGUCAAGGAUUUGAAGAUAGUAUUGAAGCACGCAAGUCGAGCUAGAAUUAUGAACUGUACAAAAAAUAUACGCGACACUGUUACAACUUUCGUUGAGUUUUUUAAAUCAGAAAAAUGUAUUCACGUAAAGAGAAUAGAACUUGAUAAGUUCUCAUUGGAUGAAGUGCUUACGAUUCUUCCAUUAUUUGAUUCUAAAGAGCUUAAAGCGAUUGAUUUGAAAUCGAUUGCAAUUGACCAAUUCGAACGAAUAUCCUGCUUGGAGCAAUGGAAAAAUGCAGAAAUAUGCACAAUUCGCUAUAGUAUUUUCGGUGCAAAGAUUGCUCAUUUCUUUCAUUUCAAAAGCUUCUAUAUUUACACAUUGGACAAAUUUAAAGCAAUACAAACCGCGAUACAAAUUCGAGACGAUCUUUUGAGAAGAAGUACAUUUCAAUGGUGCGUGAUACGUUUUUUAAGACCAAACGCAAAUCCGAUUGAAAUUGCUAAAGUCUUCAAACCGGACUAUGCCGGCGGUAAGGACUUUAAGAUUGAAUAUUCAAAUGGCACCGACAAAUUCGAUAUUUCUCUUGAAUGGGAGUGGCUUGUAAAGUAUUUUGAAUUGAAUGUGAAAAGAUUGUAA